AUGGUGGAUGUUACAAUACAGAACGCAUGGACGCUGUACAGAAAAACUGGGAGAAACAUCAGCCAACUCGAUUUUAGAAGUAUAGUGCAGACAUAUCUUACAAAAUAUAAGAAACCACCGAAAUCCAUAGGAAAAGUAGCCACGGCAGCUGCAAGCGACUCAAGAGUUGGUAGCGACGUGAGAUAUGAUGGCUUACACCAUUAUAUCCAACAUGUUCCUGGAGGCAAAAGAAGAAGGUGUGCCAGUACUGGUUGUUCGAGCAAAGGAACAAAAAUGUGCAGCUACAGUGAUAGUGACGUAUUCAACGCUGAUGAGACAGGUUUAUUUUAUAAACUUACGCCUGACCGUACCCUUCACUUCAAAGGAGAAAAAUGUUCAAACGGGAAACUUUCGAAAGAAAGGAUAACUGUUUUAGUUGCUGCAAACAUGAGUGGAUCAGAAAAACGUAAGCAUUUCGUGAUAGGAAAGUCUAAGAACCCGCAUUGCUUCAAAAAUGUAAAAAAUUUGCCAGUCGAUUAUUACAAUAACCAGAAAGCCUGGAUGACAACCGAUCUGUUCAAUAAAUUCCUUUUAGACUGGGACAAGGAAUUGAAGAAAAAGCGCAGAAAGAUUUUGCUACUCAUCGAUAAUUGCCCUUCUCAUAUUAAUUUGAGAGAUUUUGAAUUUAUAAAGGUUGUAUUUUUACCACCUAACACAACGUCCGUUCUCCAGCCAAUGGACCAAGGGAUAAUACAGAAGAUUAAAACCAAUUUCAGAAAGCAGCUUGUUUUACGGUUUCUUCAAGAUGUGGAGGAAAAUCGGGAAACAAAAAUUAGCAUCCUUGAUGCUAUUAUAAUGGUCCACCAAGCUUGGGAAGAUGUACCUGCGACAACAAUCACAAAUUGUUUCAAACAUUCUGGUGUGCUGGGAAAUCAAAAUGAGGAACAACCGUCAGAACCAGCCGAAACUAACGCACUGGAUGAACCUGAGUUUUUGCCGUGGUCCGAAUCCUUAGAACUGCCAACCUUAAUAAAUAAAGAUGUCUUAGCAGACUAUGCAAAAAUUGACGAGGGUCUCCACACGGAACAAGAUAUUAGUGAUGAGGACCUUAUCAAUGAACUUGACGCCGAUAUUGAAACCGACAAUGGAGAAGAGGAUGAAGAAGAACAACAACUUGACAUCCCACCGUUAACCGACGCAUUGAGGGCGGCACAACUUUUGAAGAAAUUUGUGAUGUAUGUCAUGAUCGGUUAUAACGACGAUCGGCUAUAG